AACCUCUUGAGACGAAGAAGGGAUCGGGAAAAUACACAAACGCGGCGAUGAGCUUAGCGCUUCUGGAAGGCUACUCCUCCACCGAGGACGACGAGCCCGCCGCCGAGCUGAGCGGCUCCGCUGACUCAGCCGCCGACGAGUCUGGAUCGGACGGCAAUGAGGCGUCCGCUCCUCCGAAGCCGGCCUCCAAGCCCCGCCGCCGCCCAAACCCUAAGGGGGCAGAUGCCGGCGGCGGCGGGGACUCCUCGCUGCCUUCCGCGCUGGAGGCCUUCGCCGAUGUCUCGGGCCCUCCGGAAUUUCUGAGACGCAGGGUCGCCGAGGCCGAGGAGGCGACGGAGGCGCUUGGCGUGCUCCAUCGCCGCUCGAAGGAGGGGAGCAAGCAGCCGCCCCCCGGUGCUGUUGUGGUGGCGAAACCACAGUUAGUUGCCAUUCGCGAACAAGUUACCACAAAUGGUGCCAACACUCAAGGUUCAGUGACAUCUAGUUCUGUUGAUGGAAAAAGAAUAAUAGGUGCUGCAAAUCCUGGGCCAGAAGAUGCAGCUGAUCUUCUGAGGAUGUGUCUCCAAUGUGGUGUACCAAAGACCUAUUCACAUGCUAAGGGUAUGGUAUGCCCUCUUUGCGGCGAUAGACCAGCACAGGCAAAAGAGCAAGAAAAGAAGAGGGGCUCCGCUGUUAAGGAUAAGGAGAAGAUCAAGAGGAUGAGGGGGCAAUCUUCGCACGCAUCCUGGAAGAGCGAAACUGAGAUGGCUCUUCGACAACAGUUUGACUGAUAGCCAAUUACCACCUAGCUGGAACGUUGGGUAAACCAUACGCUGGGGAAACCUUUGUAGCCCUGUGUAGUGUAGUACCUUAUGAUGGAUGUCGCUGUGCCUCACUCUCGGUUCCAGAUAGCCAGCCAUCGUUGUGUUUUGUUGUAUCUGCUUUUUUUGCAGGAACGGUGUUGUUUGCUAAGCUGUCAAAAUUGAAUGUUUUCGCGGUCA